AUGGUUAGACAACGUAUGAAUUGUAAUGCUCCUCCAUUCUCACCAACCGAUUAUGAUUUUAUUAUGCAACGUGAAAAUGAAAGGCCGAGGAAGAAAGUUUUAGAUGAAUUGAUGGGCAAAUAUAAUACAUUAAUGAAGCGCAUAUAUCAGAUUUGGAGAGGUGAAAAAGCUAAUAGAAUUGCCUGGAAUCAACCAAUAGCUGAUAUUUCUGUUGGAUCUGAAAGAGUGUCAGAUGGAUCUGCUAUAAUGCCAUCUGCCAAAAUAGGAGGGGCUCCAGGUAUUACUUCCUCUCCACAUGACUUACCACUAAAAAAAAAUAGCCAAAAAAAGAAGUUAAGUAAAACGAGUGUAGCCUUUACUGAGACGGAUGAUACUAUUAACCAUACUCCCUCUAAUGAUAAUAUAUCUAGGAUGGGAUCUGAACUUGAAAAAGUAUUAAAAGAAAUGGAUGACAUCGGUAAUUCCAUUCCUUCUUCAAGCUUUGUACAGUUUACGCACUUUUUUUUAAGUCUUCACUAG